GAAAGUGGUCAAGACGAAAAACGAAAGCCUCAGUGACGAAGAGGAUUCUGAAGAUGAGGCCGAUGCAAUACGUUCGAUACGAGACGACAUUGAGACAUUUACAAACUUGUUUGAAUCGCGUAAUGUUAUUAAGAUGACACCCGUAUCAAGUCAAAGCUUUAAACUUGAUGAGUUGGCUAAACCUGGUAUUGGUUCAACUGACUCUAGAACAAGGAAAACACGUCAAAUAGGAAACACUGAACCGUUUGAUUUCGAAAACAAGGACGGAGACGCUGACGCAGUAAAGCUUACUUUCAAUGAAGACUGCGAUGACGUCAGUGCAAAGAGAAAGAACUGCACGGGCGGUUUCAAGCCUGAGGCGAUCGAGGAUACUUCUAACGGCAAAAAUAACAAAGCGUGUGGGUACGAAAGCGAUUCGCAGAUGUUGAACGAUGCCUUCGUGUUAAAGUUUGAUGAUCAAAGACCAAAUAUGGCCAAGUGCAGUGCAGCAGAUGCGGACAAAAUCACAGAAAGCAUGUUUGAUACGAUAAGAAAAAAAUGGGUUUUCAAUAAACCGGCAUUUAUCUUGUCAGUAAAUGGAAGUGACAAGGACAUCAGCAUGAACAAACAUAUGCGUUAUUCCUUUCGAUGUGGUCUCAGGAAGACAGCUCUAAGAACAGGCGCUUGGAUUGUUACUUGUGGAAAAAAAUCUGGCGUAGCGAAACUUGUCGGCCAAGCGGUGAAGGAAUGUAGGACUGUAUCGAGUAACCGUGUCCAGGCAAUAGGAAUCGUGCAAAAUUUGGACAAAAUGUUACAAUCGGCAAGCAAGAGAGAAAGAGAGAUACGAGAGAACGAUGAGCCCCUCGACCCCAAUCACUUUCACUUCGUCACUGUGGUUGACGCAAAACAGCGAGCUAAACUAGAGAAGGAACUUACUAAAAUCAAGAAUGAAAAUGAUGUACCAAUUGUACAUCUAGUGUUAGAAGGGGGACCAGAAACUCUGGAAGCAGUCUAUCACGCCUUACAAAACAACACACCAACUGUGGUCGUGAAGGGCACAAAAGGAGCGGCGUUUGUUCUUGCAUACGCUUAUUUGAAUUCAAAAGAAAAGCACGAGGCAGGCAAUGGUCGGGCUGAGAAAAGUAAGAGUCGCUACAUGGAGGACUCCAUAGAACAGAAUGUACGAGGGAUGGUCGAACAGGAGUUUGGGCCCAACAAUAUUCCCGAAAAACUGGAUUGUAUUAAGAAGUGCCUGCAGAAGGGUGACCUCAUGUCGGUGUUUGAGCUCGACAUCAAUAAAGGGUUCAAUGAAAUUGAUGUGGCAAUGCUGCAGGCUGUACUGAGAGCCACUAAUUACCAGAUUAUGGACAAGUUGCGAUUGGCACUGGCUUGGAACAGAAUUGACCUCGCCAAGAGUGAUAUCUUCACGGACGUGAAUCAUGUUGAGAUUGGAAAUCUAGACGGCUUGAUGCUUGGUGCAAUUCAGCUCUACCGCGUUGACUUCAUCAGAUUAUUUUUAGAUCAUGGAGUCAGUCUGAAAAGAUUUCUUACGAAAGAACGACUUUGUCUGCUCUAUAAAGGGAUUCCGAAAAAUUGCCUGUGUUGGUCAUUGCUUGAGAAAAUAAAGUUAGAUAGAAAAAACAGGAACACAAACGAUCAUAUUCUUACGGAUGUGAAGAAGCUCGUAGACAGUCUGAUGGGGGACACAUUAUUUCAAGAUACAAUCGGCUAUGCUAUUGACCAAACAGAUUGCUUCCAUAUAAUUUCAGAGACCGGUUUCAAGCAUCCACAUCAGCAGCUGUUUAUCUGGUCGAUACUUCUUCUCCAACAAGACAUGGCCAAGCUAUUCUGGACAGAGGGCAAGGACAAAAUAGCAGCCGCUCUUACCGGAUACAAACUGCUGAAACGAUUAAAGAGCCAGACCGAUAAUACACAGUUUGUCAACGCAAUACAAGGAUGCCUUAAUACAUGGUCUGAAUUGGCCGUAGCAAUGCUUGGUGAAUGUCAUGCCAUAGAUGAACACAAGACUCAAGAUCUUUUAAUCCGUAAAGUGUCCUGUUUGGGCGACACAUCGUGCUUUUUGAUCGCUUUGACGUCCGAUAACAUGGAUUUUUUUAUCACAUACGGCAUGUCAGACACUCCUGAACAAUGCCUGGAAUGGAAAACUGGUGCAUGAUAAUAGUUCAUUAAAACUUCUAAUUUGCAUGAUCUGCCCAUUGCUGGUGCUAAGUUUGUUGCAAUUCACGCUUCGCAAGGAUUCAUUUUCUACACGCGGUGAUGAUCAAGCAUCGAUCAGGUCUGACAGGUAU